AUGGAGGAGAGUCCUGUGCAGCCCCACGGUACCAAGAAAGCAGACACGCUGCGAGCUAUCUCUGACAAGUCUGAGGAGGGGAGAUGGAAGCUGACGGGAGCUCAGGUGGAGAGCGUUCCACUUACAGCAGGGCUCUGUGCUUCACCCCACAGGCACAGUGUAGGAAAAACACAGAUCGUGUCUGUGAUGUUGCCUGAGGAUGCUGAGAAGUUGCACCGAGUGGAGAGUAUGCUCCCCCGUCGGAUGCACCUGGAGCCCUGGGUGGCCCACAGAGAACUCCGUGGCCUGAGACGUGGUGUGUUCUUGCUAAAUGGGCCAGAAUGGCGUCUCAACCGACUGCAGCUGAACCCAAAUGUGCUGUCACCAAAAGCCGUUCAAAAAUUUGUCCCCAUGGUGGACAUGGUAGCAAGGGACUUCUUGGAGACCCUGAAAAAGAAGGUGCUUCAAAAUGCUCGUGGGAGCCUUACCAUGGAUGUCCAGCAAAGCCUCUUCAACUACACUAUAGAAGCCAGCAACUUCGCUCUUUUUGGGGAACGACUAGGCCUCCUUGGCCAUGACCUGAGCCCUGGCAGCCUGAAGUUUAUCCAUGCCCUGCAUUCUAUGUUCAAGUCCACCACACAGCUGUUGUUCUUACCCAAGAGCCUGACUCGCUGGACAAGCACUCGGGUGUGGAAAGAACAUUUCGAUGCCUGGGAUGUCAUCUCUGAGUAUGCCAACAGAUGUAUCUGGAAGGUGCACCAGGAGCUCAGACUCGGCAGCUCUCAGACCUACAGUGGCAUUGUGGCGGAACUAAUAUCUCAGGGAGCUUUGCCUCUCGACGCCAUCAAAGCGAACUCUAUGGAGCUCACCGCUGGGAGCGUAGACACGACAGCCAUCCCCUUGGUAAUGACCCUUUUUGAGCUGGCUCGGAACCCAGAUGUUCAGCAGGCCCUGAGGCAGGAGAGCCUGGCAGCGGAGGCCAGCAUUGCUGCGAAUCCUCAGAAGGCCAUGUCAGACCUGCCCUUGCUGAGGGCUGCCCUUAAAGAGACCUUGAGGCUCUAUCCUGUUGGUGGCUUUUUGGAGAGAAUUCUAAGCUCAGACUUGGUGCUUCAGAACUACCAUGUCCCUGCUGGGACANUNNUCNNNNUNNAUCUNUANUCCAUGGGCCGAAANCCUGCAGUGUUCCCAAGGCCUGAACGCUAUAUGCCUCAGCGCUGGCUGGAGAGGAAAAGGAGUUUCCAGCACCUGGCCUUUGGCUUUGGGGUGCGCCAGUGCCUGGGGAGGCGCCUGGCAGAGGUGGAGAUGCUGCUCCUGCUUCACCAUAUACUGAAAACCUUCCAGGUGGAGACACUGAGGCAAGAGGAUGUGCAGAUGGUCUACCGCUUUGUUUUGAUGCCCAGCUCCAGCCCUGUCCUCACUUUCCGGCCUGUCAGCUAGUCACUUUUGCAUCUGGGGUCCUAGUCAGGCCACCAACCUACCCUUCAUCCUGACGCCCAAGGUCACACUUCUCUGCCAGCAGAAUUCUUUGGUGUGGGGGGGGGGAGGAGGUCACACAGUCAUCUUUCAACACUUGUACAAGGUUCACAGCUGAAGACCUCCAGCAUCAGGGACAGGCAAGCCCAGGGAGGGGAUUGGAAGUAUCUUGGUGGCAACAAGCAGUCUCUGCUGUGUGGUCUUCCCCAUGUUUUCCAGUGGUCACUCCAGGUGUCCAUGGACUUCCAAGGGCCUCACAGUAAAGUCAGAAGUCACUUCCUUCCUUAGGUUCCCCAUUAUUAUGAAAUAAGCCACAAAAAUAUUUUCACACACAUAUGGGUUUGUAGGGGCAAGCUGCAUGGAUGAUGGAUAGAUAGACAGACAGACAG